CUCCAUCCUCUUCGUCGUCCCCGAGCUUCUCCACGAGCCCUCUAAUGGCGUCGUCUCCUACGCCACUCCCCCUCCUCCUCCUCCUCCUCCUCCUCCUCCUCUUCUCCGCUUCAACGAGCUCGGCGCCGACUCCUCCCUCUCCGCUCUCCAGCUGCCGACUCCUCUCCCCCACCUUCCGCCUCCACUGGACCCUCGUCCCCGAGCUCCGAUCCAUGGAGAUCGCCCUCGAAGCCGCGGUCCCCCUCGACCACUACCUCGCCCUCGGAUGGGCCGCCGCGCCCCCGCUCCUCGCCGACGACGUAGUCGUCGCCGGGUUCUCGCCCCGCGGCGCCCCCUUCGUCGCCGACUUCUUCGCCACCGCCCACGCCCCCUGCUCCCUCGGCGCCGCGCGCAACCGCUCCGAGAACGCGCGGUUGGUGUGCGCGCGCCGGCGCGCCGGCGUCUCCUACUUCCGCUUCCGCCUCCCCCUCUCGCCCCCCGUCGCUGCCGUGUCCGUGGCGUGGGCUUCGGGCCCGAUGCGGCGCCCCUAUUACCUCCCCGAUGAUCAUGGAAUCUCCUUCGGGCGCAUCAUCCUCAAUGCGUCUGAGGUGUUCGACGAAUGUCCUGAACCACUCGAAGCGGAGGAGAAGCCUCUCGAAAAGGGUGUAACACCAAGGUUUUUGAUCGAAGAUGGGGAUUUUACCUAUAGGUAUAACAAUAGUGUGGGGUUGGAUGAUAUGGAAGUUACCUUCUUUUGGAAAUUGUCUAAUGGGUCCAUCUCAAUCGCGGCUCGGGGCGAGAGGAGAAGCGGGUACCUCGCGAUUGGGCUCGGCGAUCGGAUGGUUAAUAGUUAUGCCUAUGUAGGUUGGAUAGAUCACGAGGGGAAAGGCCGAGUGAGCUCGUACUACAUCAACGGCCGCGGCCCGUCGAAUCUGCAUUUAACCUUAGAGAACUUAACACAUGUUCAAUGCAGAUCGGAAAAUGGCGCGAUUUUGUUCGAGUUUACCCGACCGUUAUCGCCUUCGUGUAGCGGGAAGGUAGAGUGCGAGAAUGUGAUUGAUCCGACGAAGCCUUUGAAGGUGAUUUGGGCGAUGGGGGACCGCUGGUCGGAGACCCAUUUGAGUUCAGGGAACAUGCAUUCGGUUAUGAGUGAUAGCCCUGAGCGCAUUAUGCUGCUUAGAGGAUUGGCGGAGGCGGAGAAGGAUUUGAGGCAGGUUUUAGCUAUUCAUGGAUUUAUGAUGUUUGUUUCCUGGGGUGUUAUAUUUCCUACAGGGAUAUUGACCGCGAGGUUCCUAAAACAUUUGAACGGCGAUAAGUGGUACCGAGUACAUGUAUUUUUGCAGUACACCGGAUUAGCUGUCGUGGUUUUCUCAAUUUUUCUCGCAGCUGCGGAGCUUGGGGGAAUUUUUAUUAGCUCCAUGCAUACUAAAUUUGGCGUGGCCGCGAUAAUACUGGUUGUUGUUCAGCCAAUAAAUGCAUAUUUCCGACCAAAUAACGAGCCUGCUUCAAUGAGAAGAAGAAUCUGGGAGAACACUCAUAGUUUAUCAGGACGGAGUGCGAUUAUAGUUGGAGUAGCUGCGCUCUUUAGUGGACUGAAGCAUUUUGGGGACAGGCACGAUAGUGAACUCGCUGAACGGCUCACGUGGGCUCUAGUGCUGUGGAUUUUGAUAGGCGUUUCGGUUGUUUUGCACUUGGAACACCUAGAAUUGAAACGGAGGAGAAGGGAUAGUAAUUAUUCGAGAGGAGCUUGGAGAUUAGGGGACGCUGAGGAUGAUGAUGAUAUAGUCAAUCUGUUGCGUCCUCACAAAACAGUUUUAGGACCCGAUCCUGAUCCGUUUGGAAGAACAGAAGUGCAGCUUGAACAUCCAAGCAGAUAGAUAUAAUCUGCUGUUUUGUGUAUCCUUACGUAAACUAUCAACACACCUCUGAAUGAGUUCUAUUGUGAGAAGUUGUACCGACAGUAUCGCAUGCAUUACCAUCAAUGCUUCGUGUAGAUAACAUAGAUCGCUGUUCAUUUUGUGGAUUGGAUCUAACAACUUGAACCCGCAUUGUGAUCGCGACUAAUUUCGAUGAACGUAUAUUAACCCGAGGUGAGAGCUUCUGCCUGUUUCUCCUCCUCCUCGAAUUAUCGCUUCUGAUCUAUUUCCUUUCGCUGUUAUUUUCUGCAAUGUUGAAAGGUUCUAGUUGUUCCUAAUAGCGCUCUGCAUUCGUACUCCCUGAAGUCAAAGUUUGUCCGGUUCGAUUACAUCAUAAGACUUUAACUAUGCAAUCUUUCGCGAAUGACAUUGUUGGCCUGAUUUGGAGCCAGAAAAUUUCGGUCUAGUGCGCUAUGUUCGACAAUUAAUAUGCCAUGUAAUGCAUGAUUGAUUGGCCGAUAAGGGUACCUUAUGUACCUUGAUUCGCUUGAAGUGACAAGGCAGAUCGAAACAAACUAAAAGGAUGCAGAGCGAGCGAAACGGUUGUCAAAUGUAUUCUGGUGAGCCACGGUGUCGGCGCACUCUCGUACCUGUGGGUUACAACUGAUGUGGGCCUUUUAUAUAUACGAAAAUCGUAUGGUACAUGCUGCUAUUCUUCACUUAUUAAACUCUGGUAUUAGUUUGCGGCCGCGUGGUUAUGUGGAUUAUAAGCAUUACUUUUUCGUUCUUUAUGCUUUCUUAUGACAUGUUAUUAUCAUUUUUUUUGGGUUCAGAUAUUCAGUUUCCUUGAGGUAUGUGGCAUGUCAAAUGUUGGUAAAUUGUUUCAUCAUCAUUUGAUGUUGAAGUUCUUAGGCUACCUGAAGGUCACAUAUGACAGUUUGUACAUUUUCUUUUUUCCUUCAUAUAGUUGAGAGAACAGUAAUCCUUGUAGAAGCCAAGAAUGUUAAAUUCCUUAUAAGAGUUUGUAUCUGUAUUAUUCAGAAUUAUGUCCUUUUCUUUUUCUC